AUGCAAUUCUUUACUUCCAAAACGAUUUUAUAUGCUAGAGUUGUAUUUUUGUUUACCAUAUGCUAUUUUGCGGCCGUGAAUCCUGGAUAUCUUUUGGGAAGUCAUUUCCUAUUGUUGCUUGGCCAGGCCAUGGAACUUCCUAUGAUACUUCCGGUAAUCGAGACCGACGGUGAUUCGGUAUUUUAUGGCAUCAUUAGUCUCUUGUUCGGGUUGCAAGCGGUUGGGGAUUUGAUUCCUUUGUUGGCAGAAAAUGUUGAUUACUUUGAAACCAUCGUUCCCACCAGAUUGACAAUUUUCUUUUUCCUUGCUGCCUAUGCCUAUAUUUCCAAGAGUUUGACAUUUGGCAACAAUGCGGUGUUUGUAUACUCGUUCUUCGAAGUUUGGUUCAACUUUUUGAUUUUCAACAAUUUGCGUGAUGAAAAAUUUUAUAGAUUAAAGCAUUUUGUGGAAAAGCAUGGCGACCAAAUUCAACCAUCAGCCGAUGUGAUUGUUGAAUCUUGA